CUGGAUCCGCUAAAUCAGGCCAUUCAAAUAUCAGCAACACAACUGCAUUCACCGCUUGAUGUUGCUGUUUAUACAUUGAACUGUCUUUCUGCAGUAAACGCUGUUAUCAUACUUUAUCAGUUCACAGACGCUCGCUUGGAAAUGAUCAAAGCUCAGAUGGAUGCAAAUAUUGAUGUGCUUGUUAGUGAGCAAGCUACCUCGAUCCUCACCCAGACAGGCCUCAUCGAGCUGUAUCGUAAAUCAGCAGCUCAUCAGGCCAGUCAGGGUUCACUUUCCGAAAUCGCUGGCAUGGAACCAUCGAGAAUUUCGAGUGCAAUGAUUUUAUUUGAUUCUUUCCUAUCAAAUCCUGACAGUUAUAAAUUGGAUCAAUGUGUGAAAUUAUCAGAUUUGGUACGUGAAAGAACAGCUGAAAAUGUUGUAGCCGCUUAUGGCAUCAUUUAUAAUAAAGUUGCAGACCCGGAGAAUAAAUAUCCGCAGUUAUCAAUGAAAACUGUUGAACAAGUGGGUUUUUUUUUCUUUCGAAAUAGUGUUUUUUUUUCUUUUUUUUUUUUUUUUUUGUAGUC